AUGAAGUGCUUAGCAAUUUGCCUAAUUUUCGGUGCUUGCGUACUUGCGGCCUCUGCCGCACCAAAAAAUGAUAAAUUAAAAACGUUUGAAAAAUAUGUGCUCGAAUACAGCGAUAAUUUAGAAUUGAGCGAUGAAGAAACAGCUGCAUUCAUAAAAAAUGCAUACAAUGCGACCAAUUAUGUGACUGCAAGCGCAUUAGAUGACAUACUAAAAUUAUCAGAAGAGUUGGAUGAAGAAUUUGGAGAUGACGAUUCUGCUCAACCGAUUAUCUUUUAUAGCUACUCUAAUCAAAGAUUUGAGAGAGUUGAACCAGGAGGUAACGAGUACACCGUACCAAAGGGCUGGCCGCUAACCCUUGGCAAGCACGGCGUGGUACUGAGGCUCGGUGAAUUGGAAGCAUCUUCAUUGCGUCUCGGGGAAUGCUACCUCUGCGUGCGCAGCCCAGCUGCUGCCUCGAGCGAGCGCAAAGUCAAAGCCGCGGACUCAGCGGCAGAAGCGGCGAAUACUGCAACGACUGCAAUCAGCAGCAGCAGCAGUACUGCUGCCCUUACGAGCAACAAAGCAGCUACUGACCGCUCGGUCGCCGCCACUGCUGUUGACCCGAGCAAUACCGUCGAGAUAGCCCUGGUGUGGCGAGCCGCAGCUUCGUCGAUGCGCGCCCCGGGGAUGCUCGGAGGCUGGGAGGACGAGUACGCGGAGUGGCGCGAAUCGUCGUCGAGCGCCGCGGCACCGGCCAAACUGCCGCCACCUCCGCCCCUCGUCGUGAACGAGCAGACGAGCCGCUGCUGGCAGGCCGAGCAUCAUAAUCGCUGGUCGUCGUCGUCGGCCGCCUCGACCGCGACCUCGGCCAAUUCGAUAGGUAGCGGUAGUAGUAGUCACCAUCACCAGCAGCAGCAACAACAACAACAACAACGACACUAUCGCAGCCGUCACGAGAGCCGCUCGACCGAGCGCCACUGCAAUUACUCUUCGUACGCGCCGCGCACCUCGGACGUCGUGCUGUCGUCGUCGAGCAGCGUUGACGCCUGGGCCGAGGAGGCCAGAGCCGCCAGACAGAGACGCUCGACGAGCUCGAGCAGAUGCGGCAACGAUGCCAGAGACACGGCCGAUCUGUUCUCCUACAGCACGAACUCGUUCGACAAGAAGAACAAGCUGAAGCGAGGAACUCGAGUCGUGUCACCCGCGGCCAUGGAAAAGUGGAAAGAGACGUCUCGCUGCGAGACGCGCAGUCGCGUGCUGGCGCCGCAGGACUUGGCGACGCCCGGCUCGCUCGAGUCCGCGGCCGCCACUACGUCCUCCUCACCGGAGCGGCAGCAGCAGCCCGUGAGCAGCUUCCAGGAUCGCCAGCUCAACGGCGAUCACGCCAACAACCUCAGCAACAUCUGUCCGCCGGACGAGGUGGCGGAUCGCGAGCUGCCCUCCUACAUCGGCAAGCUGCUGGUGCAGGUCGAGCGCAAGAUCGAGCGCGUCUCCGUGGACGAUCUGACCUUUCCGUGUCUGGCCUGUCGCAACAUCGACACCGACGACCCGCUGCUGGGCUGCAAGUGCGCCGGCUGCGAGUGCGACCAGGACGCGGAGGCCGCCUGCGAGUGCAGCCACAACGGUAACGGCAUCGACGGGGCCGCGAACAAAGAGGAGCCCAGAUCGAGUUUCGAGGUGGCUGGCAUCAAGCACAUAGACAGCGACGACGAGGAGGAGGUUCGCAUGGGAUUCGGCACGAAGAAGAAAGUCGACGACGUCACGGCGCCCAAAACGAUACACGACGUUCCCGAAAAAGCUCUCAACUGCGGGCUCACAUUGCCUGGUUACACAGACAUCGAUGGCAGGCCAGUGGUGGCGUUCGACGGCGGCUCGACGCGUCGCGAGGUCGUGUCCUCGCGCGACAUGGCUUCCUUCUUCCUGUACCUGGCGCGUCUUCCAAGUGCGAACCCCGAGGAGGAUGAGUUCGCGAUGCUCGUCAAAGCGAAUUCCAAAGACGAGGUGGAAACUCUGGACCGAGCUCUGAAUCUCCUCAAGGACAAGGUGAAAAUUGCACACGCUUAUCUUCUGCGAAACGCUCCGGAAGGCAAAGCAUCCGACUUCUUCCCUCGCAGUAGUCUCAAGAUAAUCAGUGUGGAAAAUGAUACGCUCGACAAACACAUCCCUAGGCGAACGAGAGACUACAACCACGAGCAUUUCAUCGCUUAUUAUAAGGAUUACGAUACGGUGAUGACGGAAUGGCAGGCAGCCGGUCGAAGGCUGGCCCUGGAGAUGCUGGAGCUGAAGGAGUGCACGAGUCUGUCGGGAAGCCUGACGCCUCUAAAUCGGCUCCUCACGGAUCCGACAUUCAGGCGGACUGCCACGGACGCCGAGGAGGCCGUGCUGGCUCUGGAAGAGAGAGCUGCCCCUCUGACCAACAUCAUGUACAUCAGGAACUCGCUCGAGCGAGCGCGAAAUCUGCUGGAGGAGGUGGCCAACGCCGCCACGAGGCUCGAGUCGUCGUUCGAGUCGCGGCGCGCCACGAUACGCAAUCUCGCUGUAUUGAGAAGUAUCGAGGAUCAGGCCCGCGAGGUCAUAUCCUGGCUGUGCAAGAAAGGCUUGGACAUACUGUCGAAACACGAGCACCGCUCGGCGACCAGUCUACAGACGGCCAAACUUCAUGAGGGAGAGUUCGAAAAGUUUUACUUCACGUCGAUGAGACACCUAGACAAGGGCAGCGAUCUAGCCGAGGCCGCGUCGGCCUCCGGGCUGCGCGAGCUCGCGCGCUCCCUCAAGCAGCAUCUGCGAGGCUUCGGCGCCAGGCUCGAGGACCGUCGCGAGUACCUCGAGGACACGUCGCGAUGCUGCUUGCUGCAGGACAAGGCUUACGACUGGGCACAGGAAGCCAGGCAGUUAGCGGCGGGCGAGCGCAAGGCGCAGCAAUUCUUGGCGGCGAGACCGCCCCUGCCGGCCGAGCACUUCGCCGAGAUGAUGGCGCUCGCCGAGAAGCUGGGCAACGACGUGCUGCUGGAUCAGUGUAGAAUGGCCAGGACCAAGUGCGCCGAGGCCCUGGAGAUGACGAGGGGCUCCUCGGCCCCGGGCAGUCCGCAGCGCAGAAGGAGUCUGGCCCACUCGGACUCGGCCAACUCGUGGGACGAGGCUCUGGGAAAACAUGCUUCCUCGAGAGGAUUCAUCCUCAAGCACAUUCAUCUAGCUCAGCAUCUGUUGACGCACGAUAAAGUGCAGCACCGCGCGAGCAGCUGUAGUAGUUCGAGCGCUGAACAAGCAACUGAACAUCAGCAACAUCAUCAACAUCAUCAUCAACAUCAUCAACAACAACAACAACAACAACAACAACAACAACAUCAUCAUCAUCGACUACUGCAAACCGUUUCAGGCACCUCCUGGGACGACAGCGACGGCAACAGCAGCGGCGCCUCGUGCGCCGGCGCCAGCGAGAACAACUGCGGCGUCAAUCCCGGCGGAGCCAUGAUGAUGAUGAGCAGCAGCGGGGCCAGCAGCAGCCACUGCAGCAGCGGCGCGAGCGGCAGCAGCGGCAGCUCCAGCGGCGCCAGCGGCGGCGGACGCCUCGACAACAUCGCCGAGCUGAGAGAGAGCAGCGAGCAGCUGCUCGACUGCUCGCCGCCCCGCACCCCGCAGACCCGCUCGCCCCAGCAGCAGAGGCGCACCCUCAACAGGCCACCGGUCAAUUCGCAUCUGAAUCGGGCGCCGAGCAUCGCCCACGGCAUGAAAGCCAAAAAAACCAUCCUACUUAUAAUGAGGGAGAUGAUACAGACUGAGCGUGAUUACGUGAAAUCUCUCGAGUACAUAAUAGAGAACUACAUACCGGAACUGCUGCGCGAGGACAUUCCCCAGUCGCUGCGAGGCCAGAGAAACGUGAUCUUCGGCAACGUCGAGAAGAUCUACGAGUUCCACAGCCAGUACUUCCUGCGCGAGCUCGAGUCCUGCGAGCACUCGCCCAUGAUGGUCGGCCAGAGCUUCCUGCGCCACGAGAAGAAGUUCUACCUGUACGCGCUCUACAACAAGAACAAGCCCAACUCGGACUCGCUGAUGGCCGAGUACGGCACGACCUUCUUCAAGGCCAAGCAGCUCGAGCUCGGCGACAAGAUGGACCUGGCCUCGUAUCUGCUCAAGCCCGUGCAGCGUAUGGGCAAGUACGCGCUGCUGCUGCAGCAGCUAGUCAAGGCCGGCAUGGACCUGUCGGAGCAGCUGUCGGCCGGCAAGAGCAGCACCAACAGCGGCGGCGACGACGUCAAGGACGACAAGGACGACAUCGACAGCGUCAGGCCGAUGGUCGAGGGCGAGGCGGAUCUCAGGUCGGCCGAGCAGAUGGUGCGCUUCCAGCUCAGACACGGCAACGAUCUCUUGGCCAUGGACUCGUUGCGCGAUUGCGACGUCAACGUCAAGGAGCAAGGCAGAUUGCUGCGUCAAAACGAAUUUCUGGUGUGGCAGGGCAAGGGCAAAAAAUGCCUGCGCCAAGUCUUCCUCUUCGAGGAUCUGAUUCUGUUCAGCAAAGCUCGCAGAUUCCCCGAUCGCAAGAACCUCGACAUCUACAUCUACAAGCACAGCAUCAAGACGACGGACAUCGGACUGACGGCGGUGAUAGCCGACUCGCCGACAAAGUUCGAGAUCUGGUUCAGAAAGCGCAAACCGGGCGAUACGUACACGCUGCAGUGCGCCAGCGAGGACAUCAAGAAGGCCUGGACCGAAGAGCUCAGUAAUUUACUCUGGAAACAGGCGCUCAGAAACAGAGAAGUGCGCCUGGCCGAAAUGUCGAGCAUGGGCAUCGGUAACAAACCCUGCCUGGACAUCAGACCCAGCGCUGACCAGAUAAGCGAUCGAUCGAUCAGUGUCGCCCAGCUGUCCAAAACAGCUCCAAGAUUCCGUAACUCGAUAGCCGUGUCGAGCAGCGACGACUCGAGUAGAUGCAGUCGACGACCGCACAGCGUCAUAUCCGUGAGCUCGUCGUCGAGCAGCGGCGGCAGCAGCGGACCCCCGAACACGCUGAAUUUGGGCUUGGACACGAGCCCGAGGCUGCAUCAUCGUAGCACCACGCUCAAUAGUCAAUGUAGCGUUGAGAGCGGAAUUAUAGCUGAUAUUUCGAUUAUUUCCGACGACGGCGGCGACGGCGGUAGUACCGAGCGCAGCAGUCACUGGAAUUCCACCCUCGAGUCGCCGACGUCGCAUCUGCCGCCAACGGGCCACUCGACCCCGGCCCAGCUACAGUCACCCACGACAUCGUCGUCGCUCGCCUCGCCGACCUCGUCCGAAGCCUACGACGUGUCCGUGAAUCUCUGAAACGAGGCCCCCGAUUUUCCGGUCACGGAAUUAUAAUCAAUUUAAUAAUUAAUUAAUUAAUUAAGAUAGAGAGAGAGAGAAGAUAGCUCGAUCGGUUCGCUGGAAUAAUCUUGUGCAUUUGUGCCUGAUUUUCGUUAUAAGAAUUUUUUAUAUCGAAACAGAGAUUAGAAACGUUUCGAAAAAGCGUAAACGUUGCCAUAAUCGAUUUUUACUUCUUAUAGUCGGUUUCAAAGUAUCGGAGUGAUAUCUUGGAAUGUUUGUUUUUAAUUUUGUUUGUUUGUUUGUUUGUUUGUUUGUAUGCGAGAAUGGUACUAUUUUUAUGUGAUUUAGAAUGUUUUUAAAAUAAUAAUUUAUGCAUAUUUUACAAUUUAUAGUUUUUUAUGCUUUACUUGCGUGAACAUUGAUGUGUUCUAAAAAAACAAAACCAAUGUAAUGAAAGAAUACGUAAAAAUUAUAUACUUAUAUGUGCAUGAUUAUUUAUAACUUAAAAAAGCACUGCAUUUAAUUAUACGUAGCAUAAUUGAAAUUUUACGUAGGAACAGAAUAAUACAGUUUAAAGUAACAUUUGAGCGAACCGUCGAUCGAAACUUUUUCACGCGCUUUGAGUGAAAAGCACAAAAGUGACCAUUCCUCAAUUAUAACGCAGAGCUUUUGCUUUAGUCAUCUCGCAGCAAAAGUACAUGUCGUCACAGGGAACUUAUAGAAAAAUAACAUUUUCAUCCCUUAAAUCGUCAUUUUUCUGCUCAAGCUCGAUGCAAAAGUAUAUAGGUUCAAAUAUAAUGUGUGAAUAUUUUUUGCAUUUUUACUAUUGUCAUAUACAUAUUAAGAGUGUGUAUCUACACUGUAACAGUAUGUGAAUCAUCAUUUAUUAAGCAGACUCGUUAAACAUGCUUUUAAAUCCGCUGAUUCGUCGCUGCUAGUAAAAAUGAAAAUAAAAAUCAGGAUGAUCGCGCACAUUGGCAAAAAUAACCAUACACGUACCAUUCUUCUGUAAGAUAUUGUAAUAUACCGAAAGUUUUUAUACAAUUUAAUAAGUUAACAUAAUACAUGAAUGCGUUAGUCUUACUUUGUUUUCAAAUGAUAUAUGUCUAUAUCAAAAAUUAAUCUAUAAAAUUAUUAUUAUUCAUUACAAAUUACGUUAUAUAAAUUAUAGUUAUAAUUAUUAUUACGACUAAAAAAUCAUAACAUGAUUACUAUUAUAGAACAUAAAACAAUUAUAACGUAUUUCUUAACCUCAAGUCAUUUGUAAACAUCUUUUAUCGAAUGUAGUUUGUAAAAGGUAGCAUCCGUAACAUCCAACGCACGCCUUGGCCUGUUCACAAAGCCAAAUUUUGUAAUUUUAAACCUAAAACUUGUUGAAACAUUUAUGUUCAAUGUUAUAAUUUCUAAUUAGCGAGAGGCGCGUGUCACGUUUUUGACAAGCUUAUACAAAACAAAAAUAUGAAAGUCUUCAUAUAGAUAAUCAAAAAAAAAAUUGAGUAAGCUGAUCUUAAGACGGACCGUGCAGUACAUUAAACGAAUUGCGAAAAAUGUUUUUUCUUUAGUGAAAUAACUUUUUUUCACCUUUUAAUCGAUAGAUAUUCAUUAAAACAAAAAAGUAAAAAAAACAUUACACGAACUAAUGUCUUUCGAUUUAUUUCUCGAGAUAAUUCCUGCGCUCGAUCGGCAUUAACACGAGAUAUAGUCAGAAACCGAAAAGUGUAAGGUUUUACGCAGGUUUCUCGAGUCCUUUCAAUCAAACUAUUUUUCUAAUUCCAAUUUUUCGCUACUAAAGUGAAAGUACGAGUGUAUAAUGCUGAAUAAAGAUCGAUCGUACGUAUGAAUGUAUCUACCAGAAAUUGCAAAGGAAGAAAAAAAGUCCUUACUAAUUUGAUUACUCUUUAAGAGACGAGAGAAUCGUUUCUAACGAUUGACUAAACUUAAUAACGAGUAAAAACGGUCCAGCCAGAUAUCGACAGUUAUAUCUUUGUGGGAUGGUGACCGAUAAAUUAUAAUUUUGCGAAAAAAAUUGUAUAUUAUUUACAUGUGUAACGAAAUAACUUUAUGAGUUGAACUGAAUUUUAAUCUUCGUCUCGCCCUUCAUUUAACUUGCAAUGAAAAAAUAAUCAUCUUCAUCUCAGUAAUUUCAGAUUUGAACUCGAAAAAAAUUACUUCCAUUCUAUACUCAAUCUAAUAAGU